AUGCAUUUCCUAAUCAAUAUACUCAUCAUCCAGCUUUUCCCCUUCGUAUCAGCACAAUUGGUAGCGCAAAUCUCACAAUUACGACAAGAUGCUAUAACGUAUCCACAUAUAUCGGCCAUAUCGCAGCAGUACAUUCAGAAUAAGUUCCCUAUCAAGUCGCAAUCAAACUGUCUCAGGGAUGCGCUCAAACCUUUUCUAGAGAUAUGCAUGGUACAUGGAGUUGAGUCUGUGGAAACAGAACUCCGAGUGAAAACUGCGAUCCAGCUUUCUGUGUGCGAGUUUGAAGCCUCAGGACUGACUAGCUACCCUCCAGAAUGCUCUGGUAUCCUUCACGAUGAUUCUAGCGGUAGUAGUGACACUGGAAUUGACGUUGUGCAGUGUGUCGCCGAGCUCGAAUCUUCUCCACAAUGGUGGACCACUUACAGUGGAAAUUACCAAAACCUCCCGCAAAUAUGCAUGGAAAACUCGCUACCCUUUGAGAAGGAACAGCUGCUGGAUCUCUUCUUGAACAUCACAGAUAUGUAUGCGCAAUUCCAAUCAGACGUAAUGAAGCAAUGGCUGCUGUUUAGCUCGAAUCUCGAACACGAAAGCAAGAAUAACUUGAACAAUAUUCACAACAUGUUCGAUAGCUUCAUAGAUCAUUUAAGGGAAGCUGCGAACCAAAAUGAACGUGAGAUGGAGCAAGAGAGGAAGAACUUCUCUGCUUCUAUGAGUAGCGAUAUGUCCCAACUGAGAUCCCAAAUCCUAGAGACUUUUAAAGAUUUAGAAUCAAAUUACAUGGAACAGUACCAAGAAAAGACGGAACAGAGUAUACUGGACCUGGACAGCGUUCUAUCGAAUCUGGUGCGUGUGACAAAAGAGAAGCACGACAUAGUUCAUGACGAGUUAAACCAAGCCCAAGAAGAAUCGUUCCAUUUGGUAUACCAAUUCAAUCGACUCAUGCACGAGACAGUGAUCCCAUUGCUCACAGAAGACCUGCUUCCGACAGUGAAUGAGAUAUCUAGCAGCAUUACAAAUAACCUGGAACAUGCCAACGAAGAAGUAUCGAGAAAGCUGGACGGGUGGUCGCGUACCCUUGAUGACAGAUUUGCGCAAAUAGACAAGAGUGCUGCGCAAUCUUUAGAAAGGGCGGAGCAAAUGGAGGCAAGCAUGGAGAAGCUGGAUAGUCUCUUGGAUAAGUCGCUUAGGGGCCUCAGGAGUGUAUUCUCCGUGAUGAAUUUUGUCAUGAAGCGUCAGAUGCUCAUUGUAUGUGCGAUACAAGUGGUGUUUCGCAGGUAUAUCACGCUGAAAAUGUACUUAUGCGCCAUCUCAGUGUUUGCUACGGCACUGGUCGGCUCAAGAGCGGGCAAGAUGGCCUCAAUAAUAUUCCAAUCCACCAGACCACCGAAAUGGCUACAGCAGUAG